AUGCCACAGCUUUCCAGCGAUGUAGUCGCAUCAAUCACAAAGUCCGUCUCCGAUGGCUUCGACGCUCAAAUCGCAUACACACAGUCCCUGAUCAGGUUCGGCGGCCAACGAGGCGAGGAGAGUGAAGUGCAGGAAUUCGUGUUCAAACAGUUCGCCGACCGGGGCUAUGAGCCGGUGAAAUUCGAAAUGGACGAAGCCGCCCUGGCGAGCCACGUCGGCGCGGGCAAGUUCAGUGCCACACACUCCAAGGCGCCUAUUGUCGUGGGCGUGCAUAAGCCGCGCGAAACGCGAGGCAAGAGCCUGAUCCUCAACGCCCAUAUCGACGUUGUGCCCAUUGGGCCUGUGGACUUGUGGACGCAUGACCCGUACAGCGGGCAUGUUGAAGGUGACAAACUUUAUGGUCGAGGAGGCGCCGACAUGCGAGCUGGCGGCGCAGCAAAUCUGUGCGCGCUCGAUGCCUUGCGGCGGCUUGGAUAUCAGCCCGCGGCAGAGGUCAUCUUGGAGUCGGUGGUCGAGGAGGAGUCCACGGGCAAUGGGACCUUAAUGACACAUUUGAAAGGGUACAAGGCGGAUGCGGUGCUGAUUCCCGAGCCCGAGGAGGAGAUGCUGGUGCGGGCCAAUGUCGGCGUCUUGUGGUUCCAAAUCGAGGUGCGCGGAACUCCCGUGCAUGUGAGGGAGAUGGGCGCGGGUAUGAACGCGAUUGAUGCGUGCCAGAGAGUGGUUGGAGCGCUGAGAGAGCUAGAAGCAGAGUGGAAUGAGCGGAAGGUCGGGAUGGAACACUUUGAAAAUGAGGAGCAUCCUUUGAAUUUGAAUGUUGCAAUGAUCAACGGAGGUGACUGGCCAUCGUCGGUACCAGCAUGGUGUCGGGUUGAUUGUCGAAUCUCGAUAUAUCCCGGUGUCACUGCAAAGUCUGCCGCAGAUGAGAUCGAGCAGAAGGUGGCAGAUUUCUCUCGGACCGAUUCAUUCUUGAGCAAAACUCCCCCAAAGAUCAUCUGGAACGGUUUCUUCUCCGAAGGAUAUGUGCUUGAGCCCGGUAGCGAGGCAGAGAAUACCCUUCGAAGAGCGCACCAGCAGGCAACAGGCGAGGACUUGAAGACAUUCAUGACAGCAGGCUACCUCGACACUCGGGUGCAUGUAUUGUAUGAUAAGAUUCCGGCAUUGUGCUAUGGACCUAUCAGUGCCAACAUCCACGGUUUCGAUGAGUGGGUGAGUGUCAAGAGCCUGAAGAGGAUCACCACAGCCAUCGCAUUGUUCAUCGCAGAGUGGUGUGGGCUUGAAAAGAUAGAUGUGGAGUGA